AUGCCAGCUCGUCCCGAUAUGCUUCACCAACCCAAAUUCUGGAAGGUUUUUUUAAUCUUCCUUGGCCCACUGAUUCUAACCAAUAUUCUGCAAAAUCUGUCUGGAACAAUUAAUACCAUUUUUGUUGGGCAGAUGCUCGGAGUAGAAGCGAUUGCCGCAAUUUCGGUAUUUUUUCCGAUUCUAUUUUUAUUGCUAGCUUUUGUGAUUGGUCUAUCUACAGGUGCAACUGUUUUGGUUGGACAAGCGUGGGGCGCCAAAGAUAUCGAAAAAGUGCGUACCAUUGUUGGCGCAUUGUUAUUUAUGACCCUGAUUGGUGGAUCAAUCAUUGCCUUUUUAGGGGUAUUUUUUGCCAAAGAAAUUCUAUUGCUUUUGGGGAUAGAUCCCAAAAUCAUGCAUCUUGCACUGCCCUAUGUUCAAUGGAUGCUAAUGAGUAGUCCUUUUCUAUUCAUCUACAUCACCUACACCUCUAUUUUACGUGGUGUGGGUGACAGUACUACACCAUUGAUGGCAUCAAGUCUGACGAUCAUUGUGGGCGUCAUUGUAACUCCAGCCUUGAUUGGCGGUUACUUUGGUCUACCUAAACUCGGCAUUAUUGCUCCAGCAAUUGCCAGUGGCUUAGGCUUUAUUUCAACUUUAGUUUUCCUUUAUGUCUAUUUGAAUAAAAAGGACCAUGCUUUAAGACCUGAUGCAGCGUUAAUCCAACAUAUUCGCUAUCACCCACAAUUUAGUCGCAGUAUUUUGCGCUUGGGUGUGCCGACAGGUAUUCAAAUGGUGACUAACUCGGUUGCAGGAUUGGUGGUGAUUGGACUGGUCAAUCAACAUGGGGCACAUGCAACAGCAGCAUAUGGUGCAGUCAACCAAGUGCUCAACUAUAUUCAGUUCCCUGCAUUGUCGAUUGCGAUUGCGGGUUCCAUCUUCGCGGCGCAAGCGAUUGGUGCUGGGAAGUCUGAACUACUGGCAAAAGUGACGCGAACGGCACUGCUGAGUAAUAUCGUGAUUACAGGUUCAUUGGUACUCUUGGCCUAUAUUUGUUCAAAAUAUUUGAUGGCGUUGUUUAUUACAGAUCCAUCAGUGAUUGAAUUGGGUCAACAAUUACUAUUUAUUGUGUUGUGGUCGAUUAUAUUCUUUGGUGCAAGUGCAAUUUUUGCCUCGAUCAUGCGUGCCAGCGGAACCGUAACUGUUCCUAUGAUUUUUAAUAUUUUAUCCAUCCUGCUCAUUGAAGUUCCGUGUGCAUACUUAUUUAGUAUUUGGUAUGCGCUUGCACUGACCUUUUUCAGUCUAUGUCUCAUGCAAGGUUUGUAUUACCAAUUUGUUUGGAAAAAGAAAACGAUUGAGAUCUUAAUUUAA